UGACCCUGUUGUCGUUAGUCGUCGAAGUGGUGAGUGAGAGUGUCUAUCUCCGUCUGAAUUUGGCGGAAGUCGUAUUUUGCACGCUUAACGAAUUGUGGGCUGAUCUAAGCGAACUCUUGGCGUCGGCUCCCGGAUCGGGUUAAGCGAUGGAUGGGCCCGACUUCUUAGUGCCUCAGGCAGACAUCUGCUUGCAACCAACUCAAAAGAGUUCACUCCCACCGCCACCCAUGAAUGGAGAAUUCAAUGGCACACAAACCACUUUUUUUUCUCAUCCGAGUCAAAUUCUCGUCCAUAUGUCUCCAGUCGGUGGGACCUUCCCCCCCCCUCCCACUCCCCCUUUCUUUCCUCUUCGGGUCUUCUCCCUCCAAAAGCAUGCUCGGUCAUGAUCUGCCCGAAUGUGUCAUCUUCCCUUUUCCUUCCCCCCAACUUUUUGCAACGGCACAUGCUUUAGUGGGCCACACGGUCGCAUGCUUAGGAAAUCUAUGCCACCUCGCAUUCUUUUCCAACCCCAACCGCAAUUCGAUACUAGUACGUAGUUCUCCACGCUUGAAUGCAUGGUCCGCUUGGCAUGUUGUACAUCUACUGUCCGAACCUCAGCCUGUUUCUAACCACCUGCUGUAUUGCUCUGAUGUGGUACACGUCUUCCUACACUGCCCAUCCUCCUGCUAUACAAUAGACUGAACUUGCCUCAAUUGGCACCCGCUACAAUCAAGGACCCUAGAACGACUACUAGACAGUAUGUUUGAACGGAGAAUGCGUUACUGAAGGGCUAAGAUAGUAGACACUCAAUACAGAAACCGAAGACCAUAAAUAACCGUCCCAUGAAUUGCCAAGACUACAAUACAAACAAGCUCUCGUGAUAAAACAGCGGGCGAACA